GUUGCGUGAAGCUCGCGUGUGCGGAUGUGUAAUUUACAAAUCAAAACACAGAAAACAGAGUCGCAUAAAUCUUGCAAAUUGAAUCCUGUUCGAAUGGCGAAGCAAGUAACGCGUCUGGACGAUUCCGGUAAAUCGGAGAAGGACGGUAAAAUAUACAAUGAGCAGCUCCCCUGAUCCCAGCAGCCAGGGCAAAACCAGGGCGCUAAGCUCGGAGAACGGCGCUAUCAGGGCCUGGCCCACUUUCUCGUGGACUCGGUGUUUCGGCAGAUGUCCCAGCUGUCUUCUCAAACUGCGGAUCCUUGAGUCACUUGUACGAAGAGCAGCAUUCGAAGGCAUUCCUUCGACAAGCAGGAUGAGUGGUUCGGUACCGAGUACGCUACUUUACCCAUGCCAGCAAAUUGGAAGUAGCUGUGGAUCGAUUCGAGACUCAUGCCCAAAAGCAACCCAUGACCUUACGCUAUUCUGGAAUGAGGAGGGAAAGCCCAAUACCCCAAGAUGUUGCUCAGGACGGACAACUGCGAGCUCUAGUUCCGACAGGAUGACAAAUUUGAGAAGCCCGAGGCCCACAUGUUCGUCUACUUUAUCUCGCCGCUGCUGCAUCAGGGUCCCAAGAAGUAAGCUAUAACUCUGUUUUGAUGCCCAUCUUUUUGUUUGGUUUGGCAGAGCUGCCAUGUGCGACUUGUACGUUUGGUGUUUGGUGUUGCUCCACUUGUCCGGGCAACUGAAACUCGCCGAGCGUGUCAAACUUUUAUGGGACUUCGAUGUCAAGGAAAACCAUCUGUAUCGCCUAAGGCAUGGUCAAUGUGGGCGCCACCCUGACCCCUCGGAUGACCUGAUCCUUUUAAACUUCCUCAGCAGGUAAGAUAUCGCCCCGCCAUAUUUUCUCUCGCAAGGUAUAAAAUCGGAAGAAAUACGGUGGCAAAUACACAUAUGGAUGAAGACAUCGAAGAGUUCCAGAAGGAAAGGAUAGGAAAUGAGUAGGGAGACCUUCAACUCCAUAAAAUACCAGAUGAUCCAAAAAAAACAGCCCGAUUAAAUGCUCACCCUGAACAAAGAGGACACCAUUAGCUGCGGAUCAGAUACGGAAGACGAAGAGAAAGGGGAUGACAACGACGAAGAGAAAACACUGAACGUUGAGUUAGCCGAUGAAGGGAUGGACGUGGAAGCCACUGCUCUGUAUACAGGUGUCUACGCCUACAUGCUGGACCUGAUUCUGCUGGGCAUUCGUACCGAUCGCAAAACCAUCAUGAUCGCCGCAAUCUGGAGCCCAGGGGUGAACUGCAUGGCCGAGCGACACAUGACCAGACCCAUUUUUUUGCGCAUGGGACCAUCAUCCCCAUGCCGAUGGAGACUCACUCAGGUCAUCAACUAUCAACCAUAGUCCAUAGCUUGGCUCGCACGGAACGGGCAGGUCGUUCGGACAUCUCGCUUACCUCUGUCUCGGGCUGGGAAUGAUCCAUGGCCCAGCCCAACAGCUGAUUGAUAUUUUGCACAAGGCUGAACAGGGAGUGCCUCAACUUUACGGCCGUUCGGUACACGGGAAUUAUGCAAAAGGCUCGCUUCCGGGUCAGAUGGCACCCUGGCGGAUGGCGUUUACCUUGAGGCUUUAUCUUUCAAUUGUUAACGCAUUCAUAUAUAUUUUGUUGUGUUACUAAUCAACUUAUCUGCUCUGUAUAUAGUGUAGUGUCCAUGCCAAAGGAUGGACUACAUCGGAAUUCCACUUCUGCAAUUCCUCUGGGCUAUCUGGAGCAUUAAGAAUUGCAAUCCAAGGAAUCCAUAAUAAACUCCAGUCAGUCCAGUAACCCUAUA